AUGGCGCAGCGGAUGGACACCAUGACAUCUUUGGGCGGAAGCACGGUCCAGAGUGGCAUUCCGCCACUGUCUAUGCGGUCACUUGCAGAACUCCAGCAACUCUGCAUGCGACGCCAGGCCUUCAUCGUCCAGCUCGAACGUGAACUGGCUGCGCUGCGCCAGCCCAGCGAGCUUGAAACACGUGUGGAAGCUCUGGAAAAGGUUGUGAAGCUGGGCCAGCAGCUCGGGAGUGGGGACAGCGAUGCGAACGGACAACUUCUGGCGCUCGUGCAGUCAAUGAGAGGGACUCCUGAGCUCCCUGAGAGAGGCCCUCCUUAG